CUUGUUUAAGGUUCGUUGUGUAAAUCUGCUGUUUACGUUUACAAGUUCUUAUGGUCCCGGACUGGUCUCGGUAAGUGACGCUUAACCUGUCCGAAGCGCUCCGAAAGAGGGAUUGUGAUGCUGAUGCUGGAGCAUCUACUGACCCAUCAACACCUGCACACCUGCGCAUUAGUAUAGCCGUGUCCCACGCAGGAUGCCGAACAGGCUGAGGAAGACUGUUUGAUGGAGGGCGAUGCUUCUUUCACAGCAGCAGUGGCUGAGGCAGAGGCUCUUUGUUCUGGGUAGUCUGGCCCUUGGGAGCCUCCUCUAUCUGGUGGCCAGAGUGGGCACUUUAGAUCGGCUGCGCCCGAUCUGCCCCAUUGAGAGCAGACCGCCCCCUGCUAGUGUGCCAGGGCAGAUUCCUUUACGAACACUGCAGCACAAGCAAGCUCUUCGCCACGAGCUGCGCAGGAGCAACAGCACGAGGGAGCAGCUGCGCAUGUACCACCUCGUUCAGCAGCUGCCCAAAGCCAUCAUCAUCGGUGUAAGGAAGGGCGGAACACGUGCUUUACUGGAAAUGCUCAAUCUUCACCCUGCUGUUGUCAAGGCCUCCCAGGAGAUCCACUUUUUUGACAAUGACAAGAACUACGAUCGUGGCAUUGACUGGUACCGGGAAAAGAUGCCCUUCUCCUUCCCUCAUCAGAUCACUAUUGAGAAGAGUCCUGCAUACUUCAUCACAGAGGAGGUUCCAGAGAGGAUUUUUAAGAUGAAUUCCUCCAUUAAACUUCUUGUGAUCGUGCGUGAGCCCACUACUCGCGCUGUUUCAGACUACACACAGGUGCUAGAGGGGAAGGAGCGCAAGAACAAAACGUACCACAAGUUUGAGGAACUCGCAAUUGAUGCCAACACUUGUGAAGUGAACACAAAGUACAAGGCCGUACGAACAAGCAUCUACACCAAGCACUUAGAACGCUGGUUAAAGUUCUUUCCGGUGGAGCAGUUUCACAUAGUUGAUGGAGACCGCCUGAUCACAGACCCAUUGCCAGAGCUAAAGCUGGUGGAGCAUUUCUUGAACCUUCCCUCACGGGUCAGCCAGUAUAAUCUGUACUUUAAUGGCACACGUGGAUUCUUCUGCCUGCGUUUCAACUUUAUGUUCAACAAGUGCCUGGCGGGCAGUAAGGGCCGGAUCCAUCCAGAUGUGGACCCCUCAGUCAAGGAAAAACUGAGACGCUUUUUCCAUCCAUUUAACCAGAAGUUUUACCAGAUCACUGGCAGAACAUUCAGCUGGCCCUGAGGAUUCCAAUUGCACUUGAAUUGUUGAGACUUCUGAAGCAGCAGGAUUUUUUUAUGUAAUGUCUCUUUUGCAAAUGUGACCAAAUACAGUAUGUUAAAGAGUCUGUUUUGAGGGUCAUUGGAAGGUUUAAAGGUAACAAAUGGGCAGUUUAGGGAAGCACUGAAUUUGACUUUGUUACUCUCUGGAAUGCUCUAUUCUAAUUGGUCAAUCAUGGUAGUCAAACAUUUUUGUAAUGACCCCUAAACUGCAUUUUUGACCUUUGUCCAUUCCAACAAGUUUCCAUGUCCCUCAUAGCAUUUUGUUAUAUUUUUCCUCUUAUAAUCAAAUGAUUUCAACUUAAAUAAAAUGUAUUAUGUCCAUUUACUUAUUUGUUUUUCAAGUAGCUGUGUAAUCAGAAGGAUAAUCUAUAGUCAGCCAGUUGUUAUCCCAAAAUAACCCCCUUUGGGAUGAUACAAGACCCACAAAUCCUAAUAACUCUGCUGGAUUGUUUUUGCAAAAAUGACCAACAGACAUGAUCCCUGGCUUACAUAUACCUAACAUUGUGUUUCUGUGCCUUGACAGAAAGUUAUGGAUGUGUAUGUACUGCAUAAGAGAGUUGUGGACAGUAAAAUGGAGCUUUGUGAUAUGUUAGCGUGAUAUAUGUUAACCAUUCCUUUCCUGGCCUGU